AUGUCCAGAAUGCAAAAGGCAACGGAACGUCAUUUUUAUUAUCACGGCAAAGAGGUUUACCAAGAAGAAUGCGACAACUGUCACUGGUGUCAAAUACGCUCUUUUCCUACCCACUCGACUCUACCAGUUACGGUAGUUAACGACCAGGACUCUGAGGUUCUUCCCGAUGACUUUCGCUUCAUAAAAAAUGUGGUACUUGGUGAUGGAGUUAAACAAGCUGAGGAUAGCUUCCACAGCGGCUGCUCCUGUGAUAACGACGCCGAAUGCCAGUUCACAGGCUGUCAUUGCCUGGCUGAUCUAGAUGAAGAAGACUCCAGGCAAGAUGAAGAUGAUCCCUUUGGGGAUAUCAUCGACGGCAUGGAUGUUGACCGGCCGCGCAGGAAAGCGUAUGCCUACCACGCCCAUGGCGCAAAAGCUGGCCUCUUGCGAUCCAAGUUCUACAACUCAAAAAUGCCUAUAUACGAGUGUCACCAGAGCUGUGCCUGUAGUAUAAACUGCCCCAACCGCGUUGUCGAGCGUGGCAGGACCAUACCUUUGGAAAUCUUUCGCACUGAAGAUCGAGGAUGGGGAGUAAGAUCACCUGUACCUAUCAAGAAGGGACAGUUUGUUGAUCGGUAUCUGGGUGAGAUCAUCACAUCAACGGAAGCAGACCUCCGUCGCAGUCAGUCUGCCAUCUCGCAGCGUAAGGAUGUUUACCUUUUCGCGCUGGAUAAAUUCACCGAUCCAGACUCGCUCGACACCCGGCUCAAAGGGCCUUCUCUCGAAGUUGACGGCGAAUUCAUGUCUGGCCCAACGCGCUUUGUCAACCACUCUUGCGAGCCCAACAUGCGAAUCUUUGCACGCGUGGGCGAUCAUGCUGAUAAACAUAUACAUGAUCUUGCCUUGUUCGCGAUCAAGGAUAUACCGAAAGGGGAGGAGCUUACAUUUGACUAUGUUGAUGGGGUUUCGCAUGAGGGAGAGGAGCCGGGAGAGAAAAGCCACAUGACACCGUGUCUGUGUGGGAGCAAGAAUUGUAGAAAGUUUCUAUGGUAA